GUACUAGAGGUUCCAGAGUCGUUUGGCUCAGCUGGAGAAUAUUUCAGACAGUUUGUGGUUCCAUUACUGGAAGAAACAAGAGCUGAACUUGAGUCAGCCAUGGAAGUUAUCUCGAAUGCACCCGUUGCUGAGGUGCAAGGUUUACAAGAGUGCAAACCGUAUGGAACUUGCUUGUACGAUGUCGCAGUUCGUGACUGGGGAAACUGCAAAGGUAGUAAUUCUGGCAGGGAGCCGUACAGGACGAUGCCUGGGGACAUAGUUGUUUUAGCUGAUGCCAAACCUGAGACGGUCUCGGAUUUGCAAAGGGUUGGUCGCUCCUGGUCUCUUGCAUUGGUCACAAGCAUUUCAGAUGAUGAUGAUGAUGACGUUCAAGAGUCGAAAAGUUGUACUGACAAGGAAGCUUGCAGCCUUUGUUAUAGGCAGAUUGAUACAAAUCUGAAAAUGGAUUCUGACUUGAAUGAGUCUCAAAAGGAAGCUGUGCUUGCUUGUCUGAGAAGAAUUCAGUGCAGGCAUAGGUCUGGUUUGGAACUUAUUAAGGGCCCUCCAGGGACCGGGAAAACGAAAACUGUCAGCACUUUGCUAGUCGGCCUUUUGAAAAUGAAUUGCAGGACGUUGACUUGUACACCAACCAAUGUUGCUAUAAAAGAAGUAGCUUCCAGGGUUGUCAAGCUGCUUAAAUCAGAAUCAACCGAGAAUGCUAGUGGUGGUGGUAGUUUAUUAUGCCCCUUAGGGGACAUUCUCUUACUUGGGAACAAAGAUAGACUGAAGCUGGAUCUGGAAGUCGAAGAAAUAUACUUGGACUAUCGCGUUCAAAUACUUACAGAGUGCUUCGGAUCUCGCACUGGAUGGCAGUCUUGCAUCAAUGAUAUGGCACACUUUCUAGAGCAUUGUGUUAAUCUGUUCUUUGUUCAUCACGAAAUUGAAAGUAUGCUUGCAGAAAGAAAGGAUCUUGGCGAAGAAAUCGAGACAGAAGGAAGCUCUGAUAUGGGUUCAGAGAAAAAGAAGUACGAAUCAUUUCUCGACUUUGCAAGAGAUGGGGUUCAUUCAAAGGUUUUGCCAUUACUGAAUUGCAUGAUGACUAUGUGUACCCACAUUCCUGAAACCUAUAUGGGGACAGACAUUAUUGAAAAGAUCCAAUGUGUCAAUGAGUUGCUGGAAUCCUUCAGUAAUUUGUUAUUCUGUGAUAGUCUGAUUUCCAAUGAGAUGGAGCAGCUGUUUACCUCUCCCGAUUCAAUCCAGGAUUCGUCCCAUUGCUACUCUGCUGUAACCAUUGAGGUAUGCCAUAGAAGAACUCAAUGCAUAUCUGAAUUGAAAGGUCUGCGUAGAACAUUGGAGACAGUUAAGUUUCCAAAAGCAACAAACAAGUAUGCAAUCCGAGAGUUCUGCUUAAAGUCAGCUUCUCUCAUCUUCUGCACAGCAGCUAGUUCAUAUAAGCUCUAUUCAGUGGAUAUGGAUCCAUUUGAAGUGUUGGUGAUUGAUGAAGCUGCCCAGUUGAAAGAAUGCGAAUCAACAAUACCUCUCCAGCUGCCCAGUAUUAGACAUGCCAUUCUGAUAGGAGAUGAGUGCCAAUUACCAGCCAUGGUUCAAAGCAAGGCUUGCAGUGAAGCUGGGUUCGGCAGAAGCUUGUUUGAGAGGUUAACUUCUUUAGAGCAUCCCGUGCACCUCCUGAAUAUUCAAUACAGGAUGCAUCCAGCCAUCAGUUACUUUCCCAACUCUAUCUUCUACUCUGGUAAAAUACAAGAUGGAGAGAAUGUUGAGAGCACAAGUUAUGAUAGACGCUACUUGCCGGGUCCCAUGUUUGGUCCCUAUUCAUUUAUAAAUGUAAAUGCCGGAAGGGAAGAAAUGGACGAUGUUGGUCGUAGCCGGAAAAAUAUGGCUGAGGUGGCCAUUGUACUAAAAUUGGUGCAGAAUCUGCACAAAGCUUGGAACGGGUCAGAGCAGAAGCUAACUAUUGGUGUUAUAUCUCCAUACGCUGCUCAGGUGAUUGCAGUUAAGAAGAGACUCGGUAAGAAUUAUGAAGGCAUAGAAGGCUUUUCAGUGGAAGUUAAGUCGGUAGAUGGUUUCCAAGGUGGAGAGGAAGAUAUCAUUAUCAUAUCAACUGUAAGAUCUAAUAAAAGUGGAGUGAUUGGUUUUCUCUCAAAUGCUCAAAGGACUAAUGUCGCUCUUACAAGGGCAAGACACUGCCUAUGGAUUUUGGGAUGUGGGAGAACAUUGAUGAAUAGUGAAUCGGUUUGGCAAAGUCUAGUGUAUGAUGCAAAAGCCCGCAAUUGUUUCUUCGAGGUUGGUGAAGAUAGAAGCUUGGGAAAAGUUGUGUUGGAUGUAAAGAAAGAGUAUGAUCAACUUGAAGACUUGCUCUCUGGAGACAGUCAACUUUUCAGAAAUGCCAGAUGGAAGGUUCUGUUCAGUGAUUACUUCAAAGCAUCAUUUGGAAGGCUGACCACUACCAGAGUAAAGAUGGCUGUGAUAUCCCUGUUACUGAAAAUAUCUGGUGGAUGGCGGCCUAAGAAGACCAAUGUGGAUAUCAAAUGUGAAAGGUCUUCUCACAUUGUUAAGCAAUUUAAAGUUGAAGGAUUGUACGUAAUCUGUUCAGUGGAUAUGUCGAAAGAAGCAAUGUACAUUCAAGUUCUUAAAGUUUGGGACAUAUUGCCAUUGGAAGAUGUUCGAAAGUUGGUUAACCGUCUGGAAGGAAUCUUCACAACUUAUACAGAUGAGUUCAUCAGAAAUUGCAACGAAAAAUGCUAUGAGGGGGACUUGGAAGUUCCAAAAACUUGGUCAACUGCAUUUGAGAUCAAGCGGUAUAAGACUCUCAUUGGUAAUGAGGAGAAGGAGAGCAAUUCUGGUGCACCAGAGGAUGAAUGUUAUGUAGAGAAUUCAAGAGUCAGUGAUAGCUUGUUGCUGAUGAAGUUCUACUCAUUAUCUUCCGGGGUUGUGAAGUUCUUGCUUUCUGAUAACAAGGGCAGAGAAUUGGAACUUCCCUUUGAAGUCACUGAGGAAGAGGAGGAGGUGAUCAUGUUCCCAAGAAGCAUGUUCAUACUGGGUCGGUCAGGUACUGGUAAGACCACUGUUCUGACCAUGAAGCUGUUCAAGAAGGAGCAAAUGUAUCACAUGACCGUCCAAGGUUUACAUGAAGACAACAAUGACACUGAAAGCAGCUCCAAUGAUGAUGGUCAUGUUGCUGGAGAGGCCGAAACUGUUUUGAAGCAGCUCUUUGUGACCGUUAGUGGUAAACUAUGCUAUGCUGUUAAACAUCACGUUUCCCAGCUAAAAAGCUUUGCAUGUGGUGGGAAUUAUUCUGCUGAUCAAAGUAGUCUUUCAAUGAAUAUGAUAAAUAUCGAUGACAUGGUACAGUUCAAGGACAUCCCUGACACCUUUUCAGAAAUCCUUCCAAGCUCUUACCCUCUGGUUAUCACCUUUUUCAAAUUCCUGAUGAUGGUUGACGGGACAGUUGGAAGUUCAUACUUCGAAAGGUUUCCUGGUGCAAGGCAGUUUCUGCAUGGGGACAUGUUGUCAGUCGGUCUACAAACGUUCAUCAAAACAAGAGAGGUCAACUAUGAAAGAUUUUCUUCAACCUAUUGGCCUCAUUUCCAUGCCAAGUCCACAAGCAAGUAUGACUCAUCAAGAGUCUUCACAGAGAUAAUGUCACAUAUCAAAGGAGGAGUAUGUGAAGAACGGUGGUCUUCUGAUGCUGUUAUUAGCCGAUCAGACUAUGUGCUUCUGUCAGAAAGCCGAGCAUCCAGUUUGGAUGUUCAACAAAGGGAAGUGAUAUAUGAUAUCUAUGAAGAUUAUGAGAGAAUGAAGAUGGAUAGGGGUGAUUUUGAUGUGGCUGAUCUCGUAAUGGAUAUUCAUCGCCGGCUUAAAACAUGUGCAUACAAAGGCCAGCUUAUGGAUUAUGUGUACAUCGACGAGGUCCAAGAUCUCACAAUGAGGCAGAUAGCAAUAUUCAAGCAUGUCUGUAGGAAUGUGAAUGAAGGAUUUGUGUUUUCUGGUGACACAGCACAGACUAUUGCUCGGGGAAUCGAUUUCAGAUUCGAAGACAUAAGAUGCCUUUUCUAUACUGAGUUCUUUGAUGAUGAUGCAAGAAAGGAAAAAGGUCACAGAAUAUCUAAAAUAUUUCAGCUGAGCCGGAACUUCAGAACACAUGCUGGUGUUCUUAAGUUGGCUCAGAGUGUCAUUGACCUUCUUUACCAUUUCUUCCCUUUAUCUAUUGACAAACUCAACAAGGAGACAAGCCGAAUAUUCGGCGAAGCACCUGUUUUGCUCGAAGCUGGAAGUGAUGAAAAUGCCAUCAUGACCAUAUUUGGGAACAAGGCUGGCGGGCAUUUUGUUGGCUUUGGAGCACAACAGGUUAUACUAGUCAGAGACGACCAUGUAAAGAGAGAAGUCUACAGUUAUGUGGGAAAACAAGCUCUUGUUCUAACCAUUGUUGAGUGCAAAGGAUUAGAGUUUCAGGAUGUUCUGUUGUACAACUUUUUUGGCUCAUCACCUUUGGGCAAUAAAUGGCGAGUGGUCUAUGAGUACAUGAGCUCCCAAAGCUUACUUGAUCCAAGUUUUCCUCAGUCCUCCACAAGGUUUGAUUUGUCAAAGCAUAAUAUUAUGUGUUCUGAACUGAAGCUUCUAUAUGUUGCUAUAACUCGAACGAGGCAGCGGUUAUGGAUAUGCGAGAACAUACAAGACAGUUCAAAACCGGUCUUCGACUACUGGAAAAAGAAGGGGCUUGUUCAAUUAAGAAAACUGGACGAAGAACUUGCACAAGCAAUGCAAGUAGCUAGCAGCCCUGAAGAGUGGAAGGCUCAGGGAUAUAAGUUAUUACGCGAAGGGAACUAUGAGAUGGCAACUGUAUGCUUUGAAAGAGCGGGUGAUGAACAUGGCGAAAAACUGGCCAAGGCUGCUGGACUUAGAGCUUCUGCUGAUAUCAUGCAUAGUUCAAAUCCAGAAGAAGCUUCGGUUGCCCGCAGGCAGGCUGCCAACAUUUUUGAAUCCAUAGGCAAAGCUGAGUAUGCUGCAGAAUGCUUUUACAUGUUGAAAGACUAUGAAAAAGCAGGUAAACUUUAUCUGCAAUGCGGAGAAUCGGCAAGGGUGAAGGCAGGUGAAUGUUUCUGUAAUGCUGGAUGUUACAAGCUAGCAGCACAAGUGUACUUUGAAGGAAGCCAUUUUUCCAGAUGCCUUGUUGCUUGCGCUGAAGGAAAGCUUUUCGAGGAGGGUUUGCAAUACAUUCAACAGCGCAAAUUGCUAGGAGGCACCAUGGGUACAUCCACUUCAUCAGCGAAAAGUAGAAGGGAAGUGGAGAAGAUUGAGGAGCGCAAGUUCUUGGAGAAGGCUGCGCUUCAUUAUCACCAUCUCAAAGAGAAAGUAGUCAUGAUGAGAUAUGUUGAGGAAUUCGACUCUGUGGAAUCCAUGAGAUCCUUCUUACGGUCUUUAAGCUGUCUUGAUGAGCUGCUAUCAUUGGAGGAAAGAUAUGGAAACUUUCUCGAGGCAGCUAAUAUUGCCAAGGAGAAGGGUGAUGUUGUAGUCGAGGCUAAUCUACUUGAAAAAGCCAGACAUUUUCAUGAUGCUUCGUCGCUCAUUCUGCUAUAUGUUUUAGCCAAUUCCCUUUGGUCAGCUGGAAGCAAAGGCUGGCCUUUGAAGCAGUUUGAAGAGAAGAAGUUACUUUUAGAGAAAGCAAAGUCCUUGGCCAACAAUGAUUCUGAGCAAUACUUCAACUUUGUUUCUCUACAGGCGGAGAUACUAUCAAAUGAAGAAUCUUCCUUAUCAGUGUUGGAACGAAAUUUAGCUGAUUCCUGGAGGCAGAAAAGUAUCAGUGGUCAGAUACUGUCAGCAAGAAAGAUUCUGGAUGCACAUGUAAAACUGAACUUCUCCAAGUAUGCAUGGGAAGAUAAAGUGGUGGUGGUUGAUGAAGCAAAGUUCUCAAAAGAUAAGCUUUCUCGAAAUAGUGUGUCUAUUGAGACACUUGUUCACUGUUGGACUCUCUGGAAGGACCAGAUUAAAAAUAUGCACAAGUAUCUUGAAGAAUUUGAUGCCAAAACCACUUUCGAUCUAGCAGGCUACGGUGAGUUUUGCCUCGGUUACUUUGGAGUCAGGAGGUGCUUCAAAAAUUGGAUACCAAUCUAUGUACUUGUGAACCCUGGUGCUGAAUGGGUAAGAGAAAUGGAUACAAGAUUUGUCUGGAAAAAUGGAGAGCUCACAUGCAUAGAUGUCAAGCAGUUAUUUUCCCUAGCCAGACGUUAUUGGUGCUCGCAGUUGCUGUCUAUUGGACUUUCAGUGUUGGAAAAACUUGAAGGCCUCUAUUCCAAGAGUUCAUCGUCCUCCUUAUUCCGAAAAGUUAAGCCAUUGAGUUAUAUAUAUGAAAUUGCCAACUUUCUGUUGAACUCAAAGUUCUUAAGCCCCAGAUUCUCAGACACGGAUGCUCUGGAUGGAUACAUCAAACUGUCAGCUGCAGACUACUUUGGCUGCAUUUUCCCUCUAGAUUGGACAGAGUCAGUGCUAGAGAACAUGGUAAAGUUCAGGAGAAGCGAUAUAUGCAGAAAUAUGAUAAGAGAUUUGGUUCUCAGAGAUCUAAGCUCCAAGAGUUGGUUUUCUUAUGGCCGACUGGGCAGAUUGGCUCUGACCAUCCUUGGCUCUGCGCGUGAAGCUUUUCAUGGAUUAGGUGAUGACAUAAUGAGCAACCAAUCAUCAAGCUUGAACUUGCCCUGGAAGAGUUUGAUGGAGCAUCUCCUUGGAAAUGUUAAUGCUGAAACCCCUAAUGACUUGGAGUGUGCUAAUCUUCAUGGAGCACUUGUUGACACGUACUCUUUUGACUGGAAAAGUGCAAGCGAGUACAUUUCUCCGAGCUGCUUCCUUUACCUGGUUGAACAUCAGUUGAUUCUGGUCUCGUCUUUAAAAGGUUACAUCAUCAGUAACAAAUCUUCAUUUCUAGAGUGGCUCUUUUACCAGGAUGGGCGAAAUGGCAAUCAUGCCAUCAAUUCCAUGUUGUAUUCAAGCGUUGUGGGAUUCAUCGCUCAAGUUGCUCAACAACUUCUUCACCAGAAGAAGGAAACAGUGGAGUGGAUCAAAAGAUGUCAACCUCACGGGAAUUACAACGACAACUAUCGAGCUGUUGUCCUCAGGCUGGUCGCUAUAUUAUUAUUGCUUCAUUUGAACUGCGGAUCAUUUCACAAGUUGCUUGUCGACAUGCUAUCUUGGAGGCAUGUUACUGAACAGCUCCCUCGAGGAUUCUACAAUGUGCUGUGCAAGAUAAAGAAGUGCAGGACCCUGAAUGAUACUAUAUGUGUAUCAGCUGAAGCUUUCCAGCUAAUUGGGAACCCAGUUGUGCUUGUGAAUCUUGGAAAAAAUGUUUCUUUAAAGGACUUGUGUCCCCCGGCAGUAUUUGUGGACAUGACGAGCAACAGGAGCAUUGAUGAUGUUCUAGUUGGAUUAUUUGAUCCGAAAUUAGAUAGAGAACGUAGUGAUGGCCGAAAGCAGCCUCCUGCACCUUGUGCUGCUCUUUCAGGCCUUUGGAACACGUUUGAAGAAGUCCUUGCAUCAGGAAAAAGCAGCAGCAACAAUAAUUUCCAAAUUGAUCCAUCAACCAAGGAAGAGAUAGAAAAGGCUAUUAUUUUGCUGGGUGAUAGAAUAGUUCUGGGCCUUCCUAAUGAUGAGAAGGGUAUGAAGUUGUUGAAUGAAGCAAUAAGCACCGUGGAUGAAUUGAACCAACUCCUUGCCAUUCUUGAUACCAGUGAAAGCGACAGGUCAACCGUUGCAGAGCUCAUCAAGAAGUUGCAGUUGAGAAGGCCAACAAUUGAACAAAUUAUGAAUAUCACACACUCGCAGGAAGAUGCAGAUAGGCUACUCCUUGGAGACAUUACGACGUCCGAGACCAUUACCACAAGUGUGGAAGAGGAAGAAAACAGCUCUACUUGUACUGCUGUCGAGGGCGCCAAUCCAAUUGAAGGAAGGAUUAAGGCUUCAGAAGCUGAUGACAAAAAUGCUUCUGAAAGGAAGCCUGACAGCACUAAUACUAAUGCUUCUGCAGCAGGGAAAAAAGGAAAGGGAGCCAAGAACAAGAAGGGCAGAAGGGGGAAUGGCGGAAGAAAGAACAAGAAGUAGCUUAAGAAACUGUGGUUGCUAGUAGUAGGCAACUCACUUCCAGGCAGAAUGUCGUUGUUGCCCUAUGUUAAGCUUUUGGACUUCUUUCCAAUCGUGUGAAUAUUAAGGUUGCUGUCCGAAUUUCGUCUCGCCUGGUUUAAGCUCGUAAUGUGUUUUUGAAAUGUUAAUUCAUGGUGU